AUGACUCUCUUUGAUGGCAUCUACCCCUUCUACCCGCAGCAGAGGAAGGCUGCUGGGUUUGACAUCAGCACUAUCAUAGUGAUCGUGGUCUUCCUGACGUUGGCUUGCACCUUCCUGCUCAUCAUUCCAGGAAUCCGUGGACGGGCGAGGCUGUACUGGACUCUUCGUGUUCUCCUCAGCCUUGUCAUAGGAGUGGUGAUUGUGGUUGUCCAGUUCACAGGGGACUGGGAGACUGGCUGGGUGCAGGCAAACACCUCCUACAAGUCCUUCAGCCAUGCCCUGGUGACUGCAGAUGUUGGACUGCACAUUGGCCUGGCAGGGGUGAAUGUCACACUCAGGGGAAACCCAGUGAACCAGAUCAACGAGACCAUCAACUACAACGAGCACUUUCCCUGGAGCUUCGAUGCUAACUAUGACCACAGCUACACCAAGGGGCUGGAGAAGGGGCUGCCCAGCCCCAUCCUCUAUGUGGCAGAGAAGUUCACCACGCAGAGCGCGUGCGCCGUGCACAGGCAGUACCGCAUCUCCAGCCACUACGCAUCGGCCACGCUCUGGGUGGCCUUUUGCACAUGGCUCAUCUCCAACAUUCUCUUCUCCAUGCCUGCCCCUGUCUAUGGAGGCUACAUGCUCCUGGUCACAGGGGCCUUCGUGAUCUUCUCGCUGCUCUCGUUCUCCACCGUGAGGAACACCCCAAUGUGUCUGAUCCAGAUUGGCACUGAAACCCUCCACGUAGCCUAUGGGGGAUCCUUCUGGCUCACACUAGCAAUUGGCCUGCUCUGUUUCGUGGCUGGGAUCACCGUUGUGGCACUGCACUACCUCAACUUGGACUUGCUGAAAACCUUCUUUGAUCUCCGUGAGGACAAAGCAGAGGAGUACCAGGAAAUGGCUGAGGUGUACAUCAACCCUCAUUUUGUGAACAAGGGACUGUCUCCUUCUCAGCCCUCCAAGUUUGACAGCGUCUAG